UAUCAAGUCUGACUUGUUUAAAGAAUAAACCUAGUAGCUUCUCGCUCUCCCUCCCACAAAAUUGUGUAUCAUGUCGUGGCAAGGCGACAAACAAGUUCCAAACACUGGCAUAUCAGCAGGUCCAUCUGCUGUAGCCUACCACAACAAGCUCUACGUCUUCCACCAGGGCACACUGAACAAAGGUGAUUUGUGGUAUAACGUCUUCGACGGGUCAAAAUGGGAGGGCGAUGCCCAUGUCAGUAACACUGGCAUAUCGAUAUCCCCAUCCGCUGUGGUCUUCCAGAACAAGAUCUACGUCUUCCACCAGGGCACAGAAAAUUCUGGCUCGCUCUGGUACAACGUCUUUGACGGAUCGAAGUGGCUCGGCGAUAAAAACGUUCCCAACACAGGCAUCUCGGCAUCUCCAUCCGCUGUGGUCUAUAAUAAUAAGAUCUACGUCUUCCACCAGGGCACGGAAAAUUCUGGCUCGCUCUGGUACAACGUCUUUGACGGCUCUAAGUGGCACGGCGACAAGCACGUCGCCAACACGGGCAUGUCAUCAUCUCCAUCGGCCGUGGUCUACAAUAAUAGGAUUUUCUGCCUCCAUCAGGGGACGAAUGAUGCUGGCCAAAUGUGGUACAAUGUGUUUGACGGUUCGGACUGGUCUGGCGACAGCCACGUGCCUAAUACAGGCAUGUCGAUUGCGCCAUCGGCAGUGGCUCACAAUGGCCAGGUUUAUUCUUUCCACCAGGGCAGCAGUUACUGCGGUCAGCUUUGGUAUAAUUCAUUUGAUGGCUCGCGUUGGCAUGGUGAUGCCCAGGUUCCUAACACGGGCAUAUCAUCGCACCCCUCUGCGGUGGUUUAUAAAGGAAGGGUCUAUUGCUUUCACCAUGGGACAAAUAAUAACAGCCAGCUUUGGUACAAUGUGCUUUGA